AUGGGAAAGUCAAAGAAACCUCGAGUUAAAGGAAAUGUUCAACCAGCAAGUAGCAGUCGAGCUGCAGAAAUCAUUGCAACGAGUGGUCAGUCACCAAUUGGAAACCUAGGAGGGUUCGCACAGUUCUUAGGUGGGAAAGCAUUUUCAAGCGCAGCAACGAAUGAUCGUAUAUUCCCAGACAGUGCUAUUAGUAGUGGAACUAUAGAUCCUGAGCUGGUCCUUAUAUUUAAAAGGUUAUCUAAACGUGAUCCUACUACUAAAUUAAAGGCUUUAGAAGAAUUUGAGGAAUACCUAAAAAUUGAAGGGAGGAAUGCGGAUGAAUUAGUAGGAAUGAUGGAUAUAUGGACGACAUGGUUCGUUAAAUUGGGGAUUGAUGUGGAUCGUAGGGUUAGACAUGCUACACAUUCCUGUCAUUUUAUUAUUGUAACAAAAAUAAAAAAAAAGAUUGCACCUUACCUUAAAGAAAUUAUUGCUGUUUGGAUAAUUUCUUUAUUUGAUCAAAGUAAAGAUGUUGCAAAGAUAGCCAAUGAUGCUUUUCAGGCAGCUUUUCCAUCCGAUAAACGAGUUGAGGUGUUGAUGUUUGGGCAAGAAAAAAUAUUAUCUUAUAUUACAGAGAUAAUUUUAUUUAAAACUCCCGACACUUUAAGUGAUCCUCGAUUCACGUCAAAAGAAGACAUGAACUCUAAAUAUCAUAGAGUUGUUGCAAGUUCAUAUUACGCUCUCGCUCAUAUUAUAAAUCAAUUGGAAGAAAGCGCAUUGGCAAAAAAUUAUGAUAAUUUAUUCGAUAAUAGCAAGUUUUGGGGAAAUUUAUCUAAUGAUAAUUCACUCGUUCGGAAAUCUUGCUAUAAUCUAAUAAAGGUUUUGGUAAAUAAAUGGCCAUCCGAAGUUGAAGAACGAAUAGAUAUGUUUAGUACUACUUACCUGAUGAGAGUUUUUAACGAUAAGGAUACGAGUGUCCACCAAGAUUUAUGGGAUUCUCUCCUCAUAUUUACUAGAACUAGUAAAAAAAAACCAAUGUUACCAAAAUUAUAUAACUUUCUCCGAUCUGGUGCUUAUGGAUCAAUUAACGUUUCAUAUCCAAGUAUAUUACCAUUGAUUGUUCAUCUACCUCAAGAGCAAAUUAAUUCUGAUCAAAAAUUUUAUGAAGUAUUUUUUUCGAAUUUUUGGAAAGGCCUAUCAAGUCCCGUAAUUGAUCGAUUUAAUUCUGGUGUAUUUCUAGAAGCAUAUAGUGAAUGCUUAAUUUCUUCCUGGAAUAUUUCCAUUGAUAUUUUUACCAUAUCUAGAAAGCAUGAAAGUGAGAGGGACAAACUUAUUUAUCUUGUUGAAAAAGUAUUUUUUGGAUUAAUUGAGAAUUAUUUGCUGGAAUCUGAGUCUAAUGCCAAAUUUCAGUCUGGGCAGAUGCGUUCUAUUUUAUCAACAAAUAUCUCUUCAUUAUUUUCUAAGUUAAAAGAAACAGAACCUUUAAAAAUUUUAUUUAAAAAGCUUGAAGAUCUUUGUGUACGCGUUAUAACCCAUGGAACUGUUCCUAAUCCCGGUCCUAAUGUCGAGAAUGAUUACAUAGAAUUCUCUCGAAGAUUUUCACAUUUUCUUAGCUCAUUGAUGUUAACCCCGGAGAUUCGACAAAAAGUUGGUGAACUUUUCACUAUGUUUGAAACACUUGUGGCUCACAUUUUCUGUUUGGUAAUAGAUAAAUGUAAAGAAAAUAAUGGUUGUUCUUUAGGCUUAGAUCUUUUGUUAUUAAAUUUUAUAAAGAAUAUGUCCGACAUUAUUUUUAAGAACUCUACCACAAAACAGUCGUUAGACAAAUUUAUCGAAACCACAUUUAAUGAUAUUGUUGCAACUUGUUCAAUAAGUGCACUUGAUUACUUAAUUGAAUCCUAUUCGGUAUAUUUAUUUUACGCACAAGAUCCACAAGCUAAUGAAAGUUGGCAUAAUUUCAUGCGAAUUUUAUUGGAAUUCAAUGAUUUAGAGAAAAAACUUGAAUGCAUUCGUCUUUCAAUAAUUAAAGUUUCUGAACUUAAGAACUUGGCCCCAUUAAUCAACGAUCCUUUCGAUGAAUUUUUGAUUUUUAUCACCAAUGAAUUAUUUAACGAUAAAAUUAAUGCAAAUAUUAGAAAGUUGAUUGAAGAUGUUUUGGAACUCACGUUUUUAUCUGACGUUUCCCUAUUGUCUCAAAAGACCAAGUUAGAUAUUCUGAAUCAUUUUUUUAAAGGAAUUGAUACUUUUGCACAUUCUUACUAUUCUAUCACUGGAGAUACUGUAAUUUCUUACGAUAGUGUGAUUUCAGUAUUACGUAUUUUUACCAAAUUAUGUGGAGACGUCCAAUUCAUGAAAAUGUUAUUGGAAUCAGAUUUAUUGUUAAUUUCAUGGGCAAUAUUUGAACUUACUUUUGUGAAAGCUUAUGAAAGUCCUGAUUCGGAAAUUAUUAAAGAUAUCGGAUCAUUAGUUCAAAAUAGCUGGAGUCAAAUUUCAAAUUCUUGUCGAGCUAAUCAUAAAGAAGAUGUAGUGUUUCAUCAUAUCUCUCAACAAAUCAGAGAAUCUCUUUUGAAUAUACAAUAUGCUGUUAGUCCUACAGAUUUCGCGCAACGUGUUAUGAAAUUAUGCACAAGUCUUUAUCAAGCUGAACGUGCAACAUCUCCUGAAGUCAUUGCACCUUUUCUCCUUAGUGAACAAGAAUGGCGUCAGCUUAGUGAGCCUUUGUUAACCUCCCCUAUUGAUUCAUCCCUCGUUAUUGUUGAUCCAAUGAUACCUAUUACUUGCAAUGGUGAGAUGCAAGUUAAAAAUCAUUUUGAGACGCAAUCUACGCAAUCUAUCGCUUAUGAUAUAUAUGGAUUAAGUGCUUAUGCACGGUUAGGAAUUUUUGCGAUAGAAUUAAUCAAUAAGAUUGGUGUUUUGACGUUCUUUGAUAUUAACGAUUCCAAGGGUGUGCCUUUCGAUGCACAAGAGAAACAUUCGUCCCAUUGGGUACUUUCAGAAUUAUUAUUGAUGCAUGUUUUGUGUAAUGAUAUUCAUCGUUCACGUAAGAGAAGACAUCAUCUUUGGGAUGCAACUGUAACCGAAGAGAGCGAUUACCAUGGAUUUAAAGCAUUUCUUGCAGAUUACCCUACGAUAUUAAAACAUUACGUGAAAUCUACGAUGCAAAAUACAUCUAUUGAUUUGAAAUCACUUGCAGAAAAGAUGAAGUUCGGAUAUAGUUCUGAACAAUGUCCAAUAAUUGAUUUAUCUAGUAUGCUUGUUGAUACUUUGAAGCGUUCACAUGGAAAUUAUUCACAUUACUGGGCGAGAACUUUACAAAUUUUAUUUUCGACGAUUUUGGAAGUAUUAGAUGUAUUGGUUGUUGACGCAGAAGAAUUUCUUGAAAUAUUUCAAUUGGAAUCAUCUGAUUGUAAUCUCGUCACUAAAAUGGCAUUAAUUUCGUCAUUAAGACCAUUCCUUGAAACUUCCAAAAAGUUCAAAACUUUUCAGAAUGAUCUGCUUAGUAAGUUGUGCGAUCUAAGCGCAACUGAUAUUUGUAACACGGACGAUUCGUCUGCCAAUAAAGGACUGGAAUAUUUACGUCUUUUGACGAUUACAACAAAGAGGGAUGAUGAAUAUUUCCUAACUCCAAAACGUUCUUUAGAUUUAGUGAAGUGUAUAAUCAAAUGGCACGAGGAAACGGAUUCUAAAUUAUUAUUUGAUCCUGAAUAUAACCAUAUUCAAAUUCAAGUUUCACGUCUUUUUAUUUCCAUUAUUUCACCAAUACACGAUUCUCAAGGAACGCAUUGGAUAUUUAUUUUUCAAUGUCUUCAGAAUUGGUUUGAAAAAAAUCGUAAUUUAGAACUUCGGUAUGAAGCUAUAUAUUUAUUUUGUCGCUUGAUUUAUUUUAAUCUUCAGUAUGAAAAUAAAUCCAACAAGAUCGAGUCUGAUGACACAUCAAAGGAAGGUUUAUACAAAUCUUUCUCCGAGUUUAAAACGAUAUUAUAUGAAACAUUAUCUCCUUUAUUAUUUCAAGAAAAGGACCAUCAGGAAGAAACUUUUUCGGAGCAGUAUAGUAAUUAUUUAGAAAUUUUAUGUGAAGCAUGUCAAGAUUUAUCUAAAUCGCUUUUAAUUAAUGAAAGGGACGAGCUUUAUUCAUUGUUAAUGGUUCCUCAUGAUGGAAUCCAAAAAUGUUCUUAUAAACAUCUUCAUUCUAUAAUCGUGCAAAAGACAAUGAGAUUAUCUGAAGAAUUAGAAUUAACGGAAAAUUCAGACGAAAUAAAUAUACAAUACGAUAAAGGGUUGAUAUCUUUGAUUAUGCAAACCCAGAAAAUUGAUCAUUUGAAUGAUAUUUACCCUGCAAGUACAGAUAUCUUUAUUGCGCAUAAAGUAUUCGGAAAUUUGCUUGGUUGGAUGCUUGUUCUUGAUCACUUUGAACUCGCGUCAUUUAAGGUCAAGUCACAACUUAUAUCAUGUCUUAAAGAACCAGAUAUAACGUCGAGUCUAUUUACGUAUAUAUUCGAUACGUUAGGAUUGUCUCGAUCUAAUAAGCCAUACGACUUGUUAAAUUGGGAUAUAUCUGAAUUUUAUAUUGAGGGGUUUGAAGUUCAGCAUAGUUUUGAUUUGGGGCUUCCUUUGCUUAGCGCACAUUUGUAUUAUCGUUCAUUAAAGCAUGUACCAUCAAUUGUUAGAAUAUGGUGGUCAGAAUGCAAAAAACGACAACUAAGUAUUGCUGUUGAUAGCUAUACUGAGAAAUAUUUCAGUCCAGUUAUAAUCCAAAAUCAACUUGAGAUGCUUCAAAGCGAAGAUGUCAAGUCGCAAUUAGAGGAUGAAAAAUUCUCAAUAAGAAUCGCUCGUAGUUCCAACGAAGUAAUCGCUUCAUUUAUGGUUGACGAAUACGUGAUGGAACUUAGUAUUAGAAUGUCAAAUAAUUUCCCAUUACGUCAAGCAGAAUUUAGUACCUUGGAAAGAAUGGGUACAAGAGAAGUUGCGGACCUUAAAUGGGCAAAAUUGCCUGUUCAAACCGUUGUAAAUUCCCAGAAUGGUAAUUUGGAGGUUGCGUUGAACUUAUUUAAAAAUAAUAUAAACCUUCGAUUUCGUGGAAUUGAAGAUUGUCCAAUUUGUUAUUCUGUUGUAAGUCUUGAUGAUAGGUCUCUGCCAACUAAACAAUGUAGUACUUGUAAGAAUAAGUUUCAUGCUGCUUGUCUUUACAAG